GAGCUCUUCACGCUGACGUACGGCGCCCUGGUCACCCAGCUCUGCAAGGACUACGAGAACGACGAGGACGUCAACAAGCAGCUCGACAAGAUGGGUUACAACAUAGGUGUUCGGCUGAUUGAAGACUUUCUGGCCCGGUCCAAUGUCGGGAGGUGCCACGAUUUCCGUGAAACUGCAGAUGUUAUUGCAAAGAUAGCGUUUAAAAUGUACCUGGGGAUCACUCCGAGCAUCACCAACUGGAGUCCUGGCGGCGACGAGUUCUCCCUGAUCUUGGAAAACAACCCCUUGGUGGACUUUGUGGAGCUCCCCGACAACCACUCCUCCCUCAUCUAUUCCAACCUGCUGUGCGGGGUGCUGCGAGGUGCCCUGGAAAUGGUGCAGAUGGCCGUGGAUGUGAAGUUUGUCCAGGACACGCUGAAGGGUGACAGCGUCACAGAGAUAAGGAUGAAGUUCAUCAGGAGGAUCGAGGACAAUCUCCCGGCUGGUGAGGAGUGAAUGAGGAGUGAACCGCAGCCCAGGCUCCCUCUGGGGCCGGAGGGGACCAGCUGGUUUUGGCCGUUAGCGUCCAUCACAGAUCUGCAGGGAUCUGGUGCCCCGGUGCAUUCAGACUGACUGACUGGUUAAGAUGUUACUAUAUUCUUCUACUCUUAUUUUCAUCUUCUGUAAAGGCAACUGUCUGGUUGCUGUUCAUUUCACAUGUUCAUCCUGAAGCUCUUUCAUAAGGUGACGUCUUUUUCGUAUUCCCCUGGGGACUCUUUCUACGCUCAGUUUCU